AUGAAUCCCGAAAAGUUCACACACAAGACCAACGAGGCUCUCGUGAGUGCUCACGAAACAGCCGUGAGCAACGGCCAUGCGCAGUUCACUCCUCUCCACCUUGCGUCCUCUCUACUCGCUGAUAAAGGGGGAAUCUUCGCCCAGGCGCUUUCCAACGCGGCGGGCGAGGAAUCGGCGCGCGCGGCGGAGCGAGUGUUCAGCCAAGCGCUAAAGAGGCUGCCCUCGCAGUCCCCGCCUCCGGACGAGGUUCCGGCGAGCACGAACCUCAUCAGAGCCAUCCGCAGAGCGCAGACGCUCCAAAAGACGCGUAGCGACACGCAUCUGGCCGUCGACCAUCUCAUCCUCGGCCUUCUGGAAGAUUCUCAGAUCACGGAGUUGCUCAAAGAAGCCGGUGUGGUGGCGUCGAAGGUCAAAUCGGAAGUCGAGAAACUUCGCGGCAAGGAAGGGAGGAAAGUGGAAAGUGCCACUGGUGACACAACCUUUCAGGCUCUGCAGACCUAUGGAAGAGACCUUGUGGAACAAGCUGGGAAGCUCGACCCGGUUAUUGGAAGGGAUGAGGAAAUACGAAGAGUUGUUAGAAUUUUAUCUAGAAGGACGAAAAAUAACCCGGUUUUGAUUGGUGAACCGGGUGUGGGAAAAACUGCCGUGGUUGAAGGGUUGGCACAGAGGAUCGUUAAAGGGGAUGUUCCUAGUAAUCUUGCUGAUGUAAGGCUCAUUGCAUUGGACAUGGGUUCGUUGGUCGCGGGCGCGAAGUAUAGAGGGGAGUUUGAGGAGCGGUUGAAGGCGGUUUUGAAGGAGGUGGAAGAGGCCGAGGGCAAGGUUAUCUUGUUCAUUGAUGAGAUUCAUUUAGUUCUUGGUGCAGGGAAAGCUGAGGGUUCAAUGGAUGCUGCUAAUUUGUUUAAGCCCAUGCUUGCGCGGGGUCAAUUGAGAUGCAUUGGUGCCACCACACUUGAGGAGUAUAGGAAGUAUGUGGAGAAGGAUGCAGCUUUUGAAAGAAGGUUUCAGCAGGUGUAUGUGGCGGAGCCGAGUGUUGUUGAUACUGUUAGUAUACUUCGUGGUUUGAAAGAAAGAUACGAAGGUCACCAUGGUGUGAGGAUUCUUGAUCGUGCUUUAGUUGUCGCGGCUCAAUUGUCUAGUCGAUACAUCACUGGUCGUCAUCUUCCAGACAAAGCAAUUGAUUUAGUUGAUGAGGCUUGCGCGAAUGUGAGAGUUCAACUUGAUAGCCAACCAGAGGAAAUUGACAACCUUGAAAGGAAGAGAAUGCAAUUAGAGGUGGAACUUCAUGCUCUGGAGAAAGAGAAAGAUAAAGCUAGCAAAGCUCGUUUGGUAGAAGUGCGGAAAGAGCUUGAUGACCUGAGAGACAAGCUGCAACCUUUGAUGAUGAAGUACAGAAAGGAGAAGGAGAGGAUUGAUGAGAUUAGACGACUAAAGCAAAAAAGGGAAGAGCUGAACUUUGCUCUCCUAGAGGCUGAGCGGCGAUAUGAUCUGGCCAGAGCUGCGGAUUUGCGGUAUGGGGCGAUUCAGGAGGUGGAAUCUGCAAUACAGGAGCUUGAAGGGAACACUGAGGUCAAUGUAAUGUUAACAGAAACUGUUGGACCUGAACACAUUGCUGAGGUUGUGAGCCGAUGGACUGGCAUACCAGUGACAAGGCUUGGGCAAAAUGAUAAAGAAAGGUUGAUUGGUCUUGCUGACAGAUUGCACCAGAGAGUCGUAGGGCAAGACCAAGCUGUUAAUUCUGUAGCAGAGGCUGUACUGAGAUCAAGAGCCGGGCUUGGAAGACCUCAACAACCAACUGGCUCCUUCCUGUUCUUGGGACCAACUGGAGUUGGCAAGACUGAGCUUGCAAAGGCCCUAGCUGAGCAACUCUUUGACGAUGAAAAUCAGUUGGUGAGAAUUGACAUGUCUGAAUACAUGGAGCAACAUUCUGUUUCCCGCUUGAUUGGUGCACCACCUGGGUAUGUUGGACAUGAAGAAGGAGGUCAGCUAACUGAAGCUGUAAGGCGAAGGCCUUACAGUGUGGUACUGUUUGAUGAAGUGGAAAAGGCACAUAUAUCUGUCUUUAACACUCUCCUUCAAGUCUUGGAUGAUGGAAGGUUAACUGAUGGCCAAGGCCGCACUGUGGACUUUAGAAACACGGUCAUUAUCAUGACCUCUAACCUUGGGGCAGAGCACCUCCUCGCUGGACUUUCAGGAAAAUCUUCAAUGCAAGCGGCUCGUGAUAGAGUAAUGCAGGAGGUUAGAAGACAUUUUAGGCCAGAACUGUUGAAUCGGCUUGAUGAAAUUGUUGUAUUUGAUCCUCUUUCGCACGAGCAACUAAGGAAGGUUGCAAGGUUACAAAUGAAGGACGUUGCUUCUCGUCUUGCUGAGAGGGGAAUUGCAAUGGCAGUGACUGAUGCAGCUCUUGACUAUAUCCUUAAUGAGAGCUAUGAUCCGGUUUAUGGAGCUAGGCCAAUUAGGAGGUGGCUUGAGAGGAAAGUUGUGACAGAGCUUUCUAGAAUGCUUGUGAAGGAAGAAAUUGAUGAGAACUCAACAGUUUACAUUGAUGCCGGUGUUGAGGGAAGCGAGCUAGUUUACCGGGUGGAAAACAAUGGAGGGAUGGUUAAUGCCGUAACUGGUCAGAAGUCUGAUAUUCUGAUUCAGAUGCCUGGAUCCCUACCAAGAUCUGAUGCUGCCCAAGCAGUAAAGAAGUUGAAGAUUGAGCAAAUGGAUGAGGAUGAAGAUGGUGAAAUGGAUAUAUGA